AUGCCCAGUUUUCCGUUCUUGAGCCACACCAACCUUCUCCCUACACCCCCCCUCUCUUCGACACCCUCUCCCCCUCUCCCCGUCUUCCCCAUCACCCUCGUCCCCUCUUCCCAUCCUCCCCUCUCCCCCUCUUCCCAUCCUCCCCUCUCCCCCUCUUCCCAUCCUCCCCUCUCCCCCUCUUCCCCUACUCCCCUCUCCCUUUCGUCCCUUCUCACCUUCUCCUCCUCUCCGUUUCUCGCUCUCCCCCUCGUCCCCUUCCCAGUGGCCGCUCUUCACACCAUAGCUUCGUCCCUCGCCUCCUCCAACCCCUUCUUCCACGCUUGGGCUGGGAACGACCCUUGCGCUGCUGCCCCCGCUGCUGCUGCUGCUGCUGCUACUGCUGUCCCUGCUGCUGUCCCCGCUGCUGCCUCCUCUGCUGCUGCUGCUUCUAUGCCUUGA